AUGGAUGGUACGGCAUUGUCAGACAUUUUAUCGGAGGAGGCACGCCAGAAGAUCGCCAGCUCAGGACUCCGUAACGGCCACAGUUCCCUCAACUACCGACCGCGCUCGCCACUCCACGCCGAGACGGAAGACAGUCGUCAGAGCUCGGGAGCCUCUGCUGCCGCGCCGAGCGCAAGAGGCCAAGGAGGGAUGAAUAACUACAACGGGAAGAUCCUGACGAGGGGCUCCAGCCAAGCGCGGAGCCGGUUCGUAAAGAAGAACGGGCAAUGCAACGUUCUGCUCACCGACAUGGACGAGAAGAGGCGGCGCUACCUCGCCGACAUCUUCACCACCUGCGUGGACAUCCGCUGGAGAUACCUGCUGCUUAUAUUCUGCGGCAGCUUUCUGGUCUCGUGGCUUUUCUUCGGCGUCAUCUUCUUCGGCGUCUCCCUGGUGCACGGGGACUUUGAGGAGCAACCGACGGUGAAGGGCGGCGGGGCGGCGGCGGGGCUGCACGGGCUCGACUCCGGCCACUCGUCUGGAGGGCCCACGCAAAGGAUGCCCUGCAUACUCCACGUCCACGGCUUCGUCGGGGCGCUCCUCUUCUCCAUGGAGACCCAGACCACCAUUGGUUACGGCUGGCGCUGCGUUACCGAGGAGUGUCCCGUCACGGUGAUGACGGUGGCGGUCCAGUCCAUUGCGGGCUGCAUCAUCGACUCUUUCAUGAUUGGCACCAUCAUGGCCAAGAUGGCGCGGCCAAAGAAGAGGAACCAGACACUCGUGUUCUCCAAGAACGCCGUCAUCGCCCUGCGCGACGGCAAGCUGUGCCUCAUGUGGAGGGUCGGCAACUUGCGGAAGAGCCACAUCGUGGAGGCUCACGUCCGCGCCCAGCUCAUACGCUCAUACGUCACGGCGGAGGGAGAGUUCAUCCCCUUGGAGCAGAUGGACCUCAACGUGGGCUACGACGAGGGCACGGACAGAUUGUUUCUCGUAUCCCCGCUGGUCAUAAUCCACGAGAUAGACAAAGACAGCCCCUUGUACACUUUAAGCCGAGCCGAUCUGGAGGCGGAUGACUUUGAGAUUGUCGUGAUCUUGGAGGGGAUGGUGGAGGCCACGGCCAUGACCACCCAGUGCCGUAGCUCCUACAUUGCCAGAGAGGUCUUCUGGGGCCACAGGUUUGAGCCGGUGACCUAUGAGGACCAGGACCGCUACAAGAUAGACUACGCUCGCUUCCACAAGACCUACGAGGUGCCCUCAACGCCCCACGUCAGCGCUAGAGAGCUCGAAGAGGUCGCCAGCCGGGCCUCCUCCGCCGCUUCCGCCGUCCCGGCCUACAGAUCCACCCGAGACUUGAUUCCCAGAUCGCUGAGCGCCUUCUGUUACGAGAACGAGGUGGCGCUGAGCUGCGGGGAGGACGAGGAUGACAUCUUCGACGCCCAGGUCGUGGGGAAGGAGAGGGCAGAAGAGAGGAGGACUUCAGCGGCUGUAGACUUCCAAAACAUGUUCCAGGACACAGCGACCACGACAUCAGGCAGUCACAGCGUCAUGUGUGUGCUGGACAUGGACAACAACCAGAUGGAGUUUGACAUCCUCCAGACUGCCAUCCCUCUUGAUCCAGUGUCUUACAAGAGUGAGCAAGACAUUUAGAGAUGGUUUUGAUUCCACACGCAAAUCCUUUCGACUUCUUCGACAGUCCGUUGGACCUGAGUAGGGUAUGAUUGGUCCAGAAAUGAAAACCCCCCUUUGCCUUGUCUGUAUUGUUUUACAUUUAUAUUUGUUUGGUUUUUCCUCUCAAUGAGAUUAGAAAUCAAGAAACGGAGCACACAAUCCCGACAUAACUUUUGUCCCAUGUUGAAGAGCCAUCUGCAGGAGGACAAAGGAUCUCAGGCUUUUAUAAGAUUUCAUAAACAAAGGAAAGCACAAUGGCAGUAUGAGAAACUUUAGUCGUGUUUUGGUCUGUUUGUAUAUUUGUAUAUUUAAAGAAACUACUUUAUUACUACUUUUUUUUGUUGAUAUAUUGGAUGUAUUUUAUUAAAGCAAAUAGCAGUCA